GGCUCAAAGGAAUUGCCCUUUCCAUCGCUGCUCCCAUAGUUCCUAGCAGGUCAGCUAGAGAAAAGGUGCCGCCAUGCCAACUCCUGCGGACAAGAAGAAGAUCGUGAAGAAGCGCACGAAGAAGUUCACACGCUUUCAAGCUGAUCGCUUCAAGCGGAUGAACCCAGCUUGGCGUAAGCCUCGCGGCAUUGAUGGCCGCGUGCGCCGUCGCUUCAAGGGCUCCACCCUCAUGCCAAAGAUUGGUUAUGGCUCCGACAAGAAAACGCGCUUUCGUUUGAAGAAUGGCUUCUACAAAUUUGUGGUGCGUUGCCCAGCAGAUCUUGAGAUGUUGCUGAUGCACAAUGAGAAGUAUGCCGUGGAGGUUGCACACAACAUUGGUGCCAAGAAGCGCAAGGAGAUUGUGGAGAGAGCAGACCAGCUGAGACUGUAUGUCACCAAUCGCAAUGCUCGUCUUCGAACUGAGGAGCAAGAUUAGACUCCUCGAUGGGAUGGGAUUUCAUGGGACGGAUGCGAUGGGACGGAUGCGAUGGGGCAGA